AUGAAAGAGAACAUGCAGAAAAUUUGGCAGUGGAUUCGUGAUCGUAAAACAAAUACGCUCCGAAAAUGGAGAAGUUCUGUCGUACAGAAGACGACAUCCGAUGAGGACUACUUUAGAAGUAGCAAUAAACGUGUAGGACACAGUGUUUGCGAUAUAAAUCUGCCGUCAACUUCCAAGCAACCACAACCAGAAUUCGAGCAGUUCUUCAACGAACCACAAACGAAGAACUUUCUCGAAGUGAGUGCAUCUUGUUUGUUCUUCUUUCUGCUGUUCCGACGCUAA